UGAUUACAUAGUUACAUACAUACAGGUCGACUUAUUAAAAGCGUAAUAAUAAAAAAAUCGUUUAGUUUCUAUAUCCAACGCUAGAUGGCACGAUUAAGCAACCCAAACGUGGUUUCUGUUUUACGUAAAAGAACUCUGAAAAAUAAAUCCGGUUUUCAUUUUAUUUUCACCGAAAUAAAUUUAUUUUGCACACAGUUUUUACUAACUUUAUUGUAAUAAAGUGAAAUCUGAGCGAUAAUUUUUUGACAAUCGACAAAUAUAAUCUGUUUCUUAUUUAAUCUGUGCCGUUUUUCGAUCGAUUGUUGUAUAGUUUGGCGCAAAACCUGAAACGUCUUCUAGAAAAUUGUAUUGUUACUGUUUUGUGUCCAACUCAGUGCUAAAUACAAGUGCUAAGCUACGUGGCUACCUUAGGUACAUACACGUUAUUAAUUGAGUCCUUUUAGAAACUGUUUCGAAGAGGUUAUUGCGAAAAGGGAAUAAAAAUAACAGUGUUUUUGCGGUGUUUUUGUCAAGGAAUGGGUGUUAACUUCUGUGAUUUCACUUAAAACGAGCGCGGCGAGGCGACGCCAUGCGACGCCUGCACAAGCGUCGCUACGAUAAGUACUAUGGCGAGCCGCCGGCGAAGCGUCCCGCGCCCACCAUCCGCGUCGGAGCCGGCUUCAAGUGGAACCUGCAGACGCUGGCGGCGGCGGCGGACGCGGUGGCGCUGGGCGGCAAGUCGCCGGUGUCCGCGCUCAACGAGCUCGGCGUGCGCGUCGCCUACAGCGUGCUGCGCGCCGGCGGGCCCGCGCACUGCCCCAGCUUCCACGUGGCCGUCACGGUAGCGGACCUCCGCUUCGAGGGCUGGGGCAGCAGCAAGCGCGCGGCGCGUGCGGCGGCGGCGCGCGCGUGCCUGUCCGCGCUGCUGGCGCGCGCCGGCCGCGUGCUGCCCGCGCCCUCCGCGCUGCCCGACUUCACCAGCGACGACGCCGACCCGCACGCCGACACCCACGCAGUGUCGCAGCUGCAGUGCGUGGCCCCGCUGGAGCCCGCGCCCGCGCCCCCCCCACACAACGGGGACCAGCAGGUGGACGUUGCAGGUCAGUACAUAGCUUUAGUACCUAUUGGUAUACGUCACGACUAAUUAUACUUAUUUUUAGGGUUUCUUAUCCAGAAUGAUAGUUAGGAGGGGGAGGGAGGACAUUUUUUCUUACAUUUGACUAUUUCUGAUUAAUUUCGUUGCGGUUUCCAAGGCAGUUAAUUCUACCUCCUGGGACACACUGAACUUAAGUGUUUCAUUGUAGAUCCUGGCUUAUAGGAGUUGCAAUGCCGGGCAUGUGUGGCGGGCUAGUCCCAGAAAGGAAUGGGAGUAAAACGGAACCUUAUUUCGGAAAUUCUGGUGUUUGUUCGUGUGUCUGUCUGUCACCAGGCUAUACAUCACGUAAUACUGAAACGUGAUAGCUAGACAGUUUGAAAUUUGAACUGAUGAUGUUUUUCUGUUGCCUUUAAAACAAGAAUAAUAAGUUGAGUAAUGCUACGGUCGUAAAUUUGAUGGAUCUCUAAUUGGUGUCUGACACCAGAAGUACCAGUUUCGAGUCCUAUUCAAGAUUUCAAUAUUUUUCAAAAAGAGUCGAUACAUAUGAUAACGUAUUCGCGAGUUGUGUACACCAGAGCCCCCGCCGGCCCCGGCCCCGGUGCCCGCAGCGGCCCC